UAUCACUACAUACUUCAAAAUUCAUAGCAGGGGAGGGAGAUAAUAGGCUUGACAAUCAAAUGUAGGUAAGGUACACUAUUAUAAAAGCAAUCAACCAGUUGGUCAGAACAUUCAGUAGUUAUUGAGCAUUUUAUCCAAAUGCGUGGAGGACGUUUAGCGCUAUUAAUAUUUUAUUGUGUUUGUGCAAUUUUAUUGCCAACCUCACAAUCCUGCCAAGAUGUCGAACAACGUUUUAAGUUCCCGAAUUCAGAGAUCUAUAUUAGAUUGGUGCGUUCACAGAAACUUCAGUAUUCCAUAAUGAAAGGCAGUCAAGUGUUGCAGACAGUAACUUUUGAUAAUUUCAAGACCGACAAAAAUUUCGUUUCGAACGGCAAUGGAAGUUUCACAUUAUCUUCGUCGGAUUCCAAUAUUCUCUUUGAAUUGGUCUCCAAGUCUAAUCAAGUAACUCACUUAAGAGUUUCCAGGAAUUAUGUUGCUCGUUCUCAACAACCAAUGGAUUGCAUUGAUUUGGACAUUGGAAAAACCCAUUGGUUCGGUGGUCCUCAAGAUCGUCAUCAAUAUUGGCCAGUGGAACGACUUACAUUCACCAAUUACUCCUAUCUCACCAAAGAAGAUCAUAAUGCAGGUGUUGCCGAACGUUAUUGGUUAAAUUCACGUGGUGUAUUCUUCUAUGUCGAAGAUCAAACACCUUUGUUCAUCGAACAGAAUUCACCCCGCCAUGAAAAUCAAUUGUGCUUCAGUGCUAAAACCCAAUUGCCUUACAGCUCGACCCUGAGGAGUGCUACAUUCCGUUAUCAAAUAGGAAUUGGUAGCAAUGCCAAGACCGCUCACAUGUAUGCUGUCAACAAUAUCCUUGGAAAACCAAACGAACAUCCUGACGAACGUAUGGUUCAGUAUCCAAUUUGGUCAACUUGGGCGUUAUACAAGGCAGAGAUCACCGAUGCUAUUGUCAGAGAUUUCGGGAACAAAAUUUUACAGAAUAAUUUUAAGAAUAGUCAACUGGAAAUCGAUGAUGACUGGGAAGAUUGUUAUGGUGCAUUGACUUUCCGCAAAAACAAAUUUCCAAAUAUCAAGCAGCUGACAAAUGAUCUCAAGGCUCAGGGAUUUAGAGUAACUCUGUGGAUACAUCCUUUCAUCAAUAAGAACUGUACUGCCCCCUAUAAUGAGGCACUUCAAAAAGGUUACCUUGUUUUGAAUCGUAAUGGAAAUCCCGAUACUCAGUGGUGGAAUAGUAAACGCAAUGAUGCAGCUUAUAUAGAUUUCACUAAGCCCGAAGCAGUUACAUGGUAUUUGAAUAGAUUAAAGCGUCUGCAAACCGAAGAUGGUAUCGAUAGUUUCAAAUUUGAUGCCGGAGAAAGUAGCUGGGUGCCAUCAGAUCCCGCUCUACAAGGACCCGAUGAUUUUCUACCAAGUGCUAUUACCAGAGACUAUGUCAAGGCUGUAUCAACAUUUGGACCAUUGGUUGAAGUGCGUUCAGGACAAGGCACCCAAGAUCUACCAAUAUUCGUUCGAAUGAUUGACAAAGAUUCCGAAUGGAAUUGGAGCAAUGGCCUGGUCACAUUGAUAACAACUCUGCUGCAGUUAAAUAUGAAUGGUUAUCCAUUUGUAUUGCCCGAUAUGAUUGGAGGCAAUGGCUACAAUAAUAAACCACCAUCAAAGGAGCUCUUCAUAAGAUGGUUGCAGGCAAAUGUAUUCAUGCCAAGUUUACAAUUCUCAUUUGUUCCAUGGAAUUUUGAUGCAGAGACAAUAACCAUUAGUCAGAAGUUCUGUGAUCUUCAUAGUCAAUACACCCCGCAGAUAAUGGAACGAUUUAAACUUGUCACACAAACUGGAGAGCCAGUUAAUCCACCUUUAUGGUGGGUUGAUCCUGAAGACAAGGUUGCACAAGGAAUUUAUGAUCAAUUCCUUUUGGGUGAUAAAAUCAUAGCAGCACCAAUUAUAGAAGAUGGAGGCAGAGCCCGUGAUGUAUACUUACCAAAAGGCAAAUGGAAGGAUGGUAAUUCAAAUACUAUUUAUCAAGGUCCAAUAUGGAUAAUGGAUUAUCCAGCCCCACUUGAUGUCUUACCAUAUUUCAUUCGACAAGAUUAAUUUAAUUUAAAUAUAAAAAUUAAUAACAAUUAUAGGAUAAAAAGUUGUUGUAUUUUUAAAUUGUAAAUUUAUAAAUGUAAAAUUCGUGUAAAUAAAAAAAAAAAUUAAAAUAUAAAAAUUAUGAAAAAAUGUA